GGCAAGACCGCAACGAGUCGACUCCGCGUCAAGGACGCCACGUCUUGUCCUGUCCGCAAAUCAGUUGCAUCAUUUUCAACAGCUCCACACUCUGCAUUAAAUCCUCCUCUGUAUUUACUCAUAAUUUUGCUGAACCACAAGAAAAUCUCUCUCUUCCUGUCUACGUUCUGCUGUGUGAUUUGCUCUCACAGAUCUCUACUGAAACAGAAAAAUGUCAUCUUCCGACAGCCCUAAAGUAGUCGAGCGGGAAGUCAAGGAUCGGGACAACAAAGAGGACAAAAAAGACGAAGAGAAGGGUGGAUUUAUCGACAAGGUCAAGGACUUCAUCCACGACAUUGGCGAGAAAAUCGAGGAGACCAUUGGAUUCGGUAAGCCAACGGCUGAUGUCACCGCCAUUCACAUCCCUCACAUCAACCUCCAAAAAGCAGACAUUAUUGUUGAUGUCCUCGUCAAAAACCCUAAUCCCAUCCCAAUCCCUCUCAUAGACAUCGACUACUUGAUUGAGAGUGAUAACCGGAAGCUCGUCUCCGGUUUAAUUCCCGAUGCCGGCACGAUUCACGCGCACGGCUCGGAAACCGUGAAAAUUCCCGUUUCUUUAAUUUACGAUGACAUCAAGAACACUUAUGAUGACAUAAAGCCCGGGAGCAUUAUCCCGUAUAGAGUCAAAGUUGACUUGAUUGUGGAUGUCCCGGUUUUCGGCCGACUCACCUUGCCGCUCGAGAAAACGGGCGAGAUCCCGAUACCUUACAAGCCUGAUAUCGAUGUUGAGAAGAUACAUUUCGAGAAGUUCUCGUUCGAGGAGACUGUGGCCACCCUCCAUCUGAGGCUGGAGAAUAAGAACGAUUUCGAUAUGGGAUUGAAUGACCUUGACUAUGAGGUGUGGCUUUGUGAUGUCAGCAUAGGUGGGGCGGACCUAAAAAAGUCGGCUAAGAUUGAGAAGAAUGGAGUUAGUUAUAUUGAUGUUCCAAUCACGUUUAGGCCUAAGGACUGUGGUUCGGCGCUUUGGGAUAUGAUUAGAGGGAGGGGGACGGGCUAUUCUAUGAAGGGGAAUAUUCAUGUGGACACGCCUUUUGGGGAGAUGAAACUGCCGAUUUCUAAGGAAGGAGGGAAAACCGUGCUUAAGAAGAAGAAGGAAGAUGGAGGUGAUGAUGAUGAUGAUGAGACCACCUUCUUAUACAUGUACAUGUCUUACGAUUUACGAACUCCCGCCGUUGACAAGAAGAGGAAUGAGAACCUGUUUGUGGCGGGACACGAUUCUCUUAAUUCCCAGUAAUAGGGACUAUUGAUCUUAUGUUAAAAUUUGAACUAUAUGACGUUUGUAAUUGUUUAAGAAUGUCACCUUUGAGAUUGUAUCCAUUGCUAUGUUACUGCACUUUGUUUCUCCGAAUGCUUUUCGCUGCUUUGCUUGAUUGAGCAAUACGCUGAUUGGAUUAUGUUUUUGAGUCAGCGUGAACUGUUUCUGCUAAUAUAAUUGGACGUUGCGAAUCUGGAAGUUUCAGGAUGAUGAAUGGUAGAAUUUCUUUUUCUCAUGUUGUCUUUUUCCCCUCAUUGGUCUGCAACUAGACAUGGCCAUUGGUUGUGGUUUGAAACGGCCGGUUCGAGGGACUCAGUUCCCUUGAAACAGAACAAGACGAAGGUUCAGAUUCCAGUUUCAGUUUGAACCUUAUCUCUUAUAAUGAUAGAUGUUAGUUAAAACAAUAUGAUAUUGUUAAAUGGUAAUAUUUUAUCUUGAAAUAUAUGAAAGUUACCUAAGUUAUCG